AUGGGGAUUGCGUGUUGGUUGUGGGACACCGCGACGGGAGUGGCAGGAACGGGCGGAGCGGGAGAAGCGGAAGGAGCGGGAGGCGCGGCAGCCGAAAGCCGGACCGGCAAGCCGUCUGAGGAUGCGAAAUUGGCGGUGACAGCAACCGGACGCCACGCAGCGCCGGCGUUGGCGAUUGACAUCCGCGGCGGCGGCAGCAGCAGCGGCGCGUUGGGCGGCGACGGGGAUAAAGCAGCGUCGGUACGGACGGCGCUGUACCCAUCGGCGCGCAGUGAAGGCGGUGGCGGCGAGCGGAGCGUGCGCGACGUGCUAAUCGUGGAAGGGGGAAGGCCGCCCGCGGAUGCGGGGCGUGCCCGAGGCGGUGUGUUCCGCAAGAAGCAGCGGCGGGGGAAGGGCAAGCGGAGCGUGUUCGUGUACGAGCUGGUGCGCGCGCCCGCGGGGGGAGGCGGCGGGGAUUAUGGGGGCCGCGGAUUGCCGCGCGCGAGAACAGCAGGCGCCGCGGAGAGUGGCAGUGCUGGGUUGUGGGGGACGGACGGCGCGGAAGGAGUGGCGGAGGGAGCAAUGGGAAAGGCGCAGGGUUGGCAGCAGCGGUCGCUGGAUCGAAGUGACACGCAGAGCGACAUUGCUGACGUGGACGAACGGCGAAGGGAGAUGGAGAAAUAUCUGACGGAGAAAUUAAGGCGAGAAUCGGGUCCGAAGGAAAUGGGGCGAAAGGAGAAAGAGGUUACGAGAGAGGAAAGGGAAAGUGGCGGCUCGGAAGGGGAGCAGCACGAACGGGAGAACGGUAGCGGCGGCGGCGGAAGUUGGGGGUUGCGAGUCGCUGAUGAUGACGACUCGUUAGGAGCAAGCGGGCGCGCUUGUAAUACGUACGGGGGCUGUGACGAAGGAAACAACAGCUGGCGCGAUACAAGCAGCGAAGGGGAGGCAGCGGGGAUUGACCAGUGGGACCUGGACGCAGAUAUCGAGGAGCACCAUAGCGAGGAUGAAAGCAGCGCUGUGCUGUCCGCCGCCACGAGCGGCGACGGGGGCGAUCCGUGGGGCGUUGGGGGCAGCAGUGGCAGCGAGGAGCAGCGAGCGCUGCAGCGGCAGGGGCGAGACAAAGGACUAGUGAUAGACUUGGGAGUGGAUGGGGAGGAGUUGGGAGUGGUGAGGAGGGACGAGGAUUGGUUUGAAGAGGCGGAGGGCGUGUUGCUGGUGGACGAAGGGCGUGUCGUGCCUCGGGACAGGGCGGCCGUUGCCCGCGCUGCAGCGGACGCGCAGGCAGGCAGGAGAGGCGACGGUAGCGAUGGCAGUGGGAGUGACGGCAGCACCGGCCGUGGCAGCGACAGCAGCAGCAGGCACAGGGAAGGUGGGCGGCCCGUGCUGCUGCGGUGCGAGGGCGUGCGGGGGAGCAACCGCGUCCGCGCGUUUGAUCCCAGCGAGUACCCCGCAGCACCUGCAGCACCCGCAGCAGCACCCACAGCACCCACAGCUGCAGGUGGCGUGCCUGCGAGCGAGCACCACUGCGUGAGUGCAGGUGCAGGUGCGAGUUGGAACACACCCACGGCAGCCGGUGCAGCCGCUGUGCCAGAGGGCCGUGAGACUGCAGCGCAGGGAGGUGCGAGGGCGAGGGCACGCCAGGGAGAUGACGCGGCGGCGACGUCAGCAGCGGCGGGAAAGAGCCAACACGUGUCGGCAUGGUGGCAAUUCGGUGGGGCUGAUAAGAGCGCUGAUAAGAGCGACAGCAGCGGGCAGGCCGGCAGACGGAAGAGCACAGGUGGUGGAGUGAGCAGCGGAGUGCAUGGGGGUCGGUCCCGGCCGUUGGGACCCCCACCCACGCCCCAGAGCCCUGACCACGACGCAUGCAUGGAAAGCCGCACCUCGCACUUGAUAUCACCACCGGCUCUCCCCUCGCACGCAUCAGCAGCGUCAUCGUCCCGCCUACUGCCCUCCCCACGCCUCCCGCCCUCCCGGCGCCUUCCCGCCGUCCCCCGGCCUGAGGAGGCAGCAAUCCGCUGCGGCUUCGCUUGCUGCGGUGGAGGCGAGUCAACGGCAGCCGGUGGUGGUGGUGGUGCUGCUGCUGCUGCUGCUGCUGCUGCGACUGGGAAAGCAAGAGCAGGGAGAGCAGCAGAGGCAGCAGGGAUAGCAGGAGGGAAGGGAGCAGUGGGCCUCAAAGCGAGCGCUGUGGUUUACCACCCGCCCUUCAGCAGCUAUCGUCACCAGGCUGACGUGGCAGCCCAGGAGGAGGAAGCGAGUCUGAGGGAGCUGGAGCAGGCAGCUGGAGAGAGAGAGGAGGAGGAGGGAGGAGGAGGAGGAGGAAGACUUGUUGGCAGAGGCUGUGUGGGAGGUAGAGGAGGGAUGGGAAGGAGCUUGAGCAUGGGAAGGGGGUUGCUGGGGUUGAGUCCAAAUGCGAAGCCGGAUGCGAGAGGGAGAGAGAGAAUGGGGGCAAUGCAAGGAGCGAGAGAGCAUGCUGUCAUAUCACCAGCGCUUGUACCUCCUCCCAUGCGACGAUCCUGCACAGACACACGGCAGGAGAGGCGGGCGAGGGAGCAGCUGGAGAAGAUGGGUGCGUGUGUGAAACAAGAUGUGGGAAUGGAAGCAGCAGCGGCGCCACCCAUGCGACGGUCCCGCACUGACACAAGGCAGGAGAGGCAGGCAAGGGAGCAGCAGGAGCAGAGGGAGCAGUUGGAGCAGAUGGGUGUUUGUGUGAAACAGGAUGUUGGAUUGGUUCUCGUGCCACCUCCCAUGCAACGGUCACGGACUGAAACGCGGCAGGAGAGGGGGAUGAGGGCAGGGCAGCAGGCAAUGACACCAGCAGUGAGGGGAGGUGGCAGAAGAAGCAAAGGGUGCAGGCAGAGGGGAAGCAGGCAGCGGGCGGGUGUUGCGGCGAGGCAAGACAUAGCCGAGCCGGCGCUUGGAGAAACAGGAGGGGGUGUCUCGGCGCAGAGAGGGGGACCUGCUCAUCCGCACGCAUGCUCUGUGAGUCCCGUGGGUGGGGCGGGGGAAGGUGAGGAGAGGGGUGGUUGUGAUUGUGUCUCCUGGCAAGUUGCUGAAGCCUGUGUGGCAGGAGGUGUGUGCUUUGCUGUUGAUGUCGUCUCAUCCCUUCUUCACUGCUAA